AUGUUUCGUUCGAAAAAGGGGAAGGAGCCCAAGGUGGAGGAGAAGAAGGGGAGAUUCACACUCAAGCGGUCCAAGUCAAGGAAGAAACAGGCCGGCUUAGAGCACAACCCUGACAUCUCUGAUCCGCUGGGCUACAUCCCGCCCGCGUCCCUCACCACCGCCAACCCUCCGCACGGCCAACACACCCCCACGGUCGGCAACAGCGCCGAGUACGCUCUAUUGCAGCAGCAGGGCGUCCAAGCACGAGCUCUCUACGAAUAUGAUCCCGAGCAAGAAGAUGAGAUUCAGCUCAAGGAGGGCGACAUCGUGGUCGUUUACGAGAGAGACGAAUCAGGCUGGUGGACGGGCGAGUGCCGGGGGAAGUACGGCCUCUUCCCGGGGGCCUUCGUGGAGCUGCUCACGGGUCCCGAAGCGGCCGUCGCCUUUGCGGCGCCACACGACGCCCAUGCCAGCGCGAACGCCCCGGCUGCCACCGCCGACGCCCAGAACAACAACGUCGAAGUCGAGGCCCUACCGGCUUCCGCCUCCAUGGCCUCCCUGGACGGAGCCGAUGGCGAGGCCGGCGAGGUCCUGUCUUACCUCGAGGAGGGGCUCCAGGAGAACGGUUCCCACAACGACGCCCAGCACACCGGUGACGAGAUGAGCGAGUUGUCGCAGUCCGGGGACCUGGAGACUUCGCGCGGUUCGGUGGCGACGGGCGAAUCGCUCAAGGAGCAGCUCCACCAGAGCGAGGAGGACGCGCACCCGCCAUCGGAGGGGCAGGACCUCACAGAAGUGGUUCACCAGCACCAGGAAGAAGCUGGAGAAGCGCAGCCUGCCCCAGUUCUUGCAAGCGAACCUGAGGCGCACCCCCGCACUCCCGGCUCUUCAUCUUCCAAGGUGAUGACUCGAUUUGCCCCUGCGGCGGCCGAGGAUGGGCAACAAGAGGCUCACCCCGCUUCGGGCGUAGAUGCUAGCGCGCACACGCAGCUCGCCGAAGACCAGGGCGGUUUGCAGGUCGACGCCGCGACGUACCAGGCGUGGGAGCAGGAGCGGGCAGAGUGGGAGCAGCACUCGCGAGAGUGGGAGCAGAGCUACAACAGCCUCAGCGCCGAGUACGAGGCCACUAAGCAAGAAAAAGAAGAUAUUCUUCGACAGCUGGAGGACAUUCGCCAGGCGUACGAACAGCAAGCGGCAGCGAUGCAGGCUCUGCAGGAGCAGCUUGAUCACCAGAGGCUCAUCGCUCAGAGCGAAAAGGCCACCGCCGACGACCUGCUCGCCAGCGUUCAAAGACUCGAGGAGCAGCUGCAGGAAGCGGAGCGAGAAAAGGUCCAGGCCCAAGCGUCCACCCUCUCGGCCGAAGUCAACGCCGAGGAAAUUGCUCGUCUUCACUCUCUCCUUUCCGACGAAGUGAAGCAAAGAGAGAGCGCGGAGAAGGUGCUUGACGAGGAGAGGCAGCGCUCGGCGGAGCUUGCAGAGCAACUGCACAGCGAGCAACAGCAGCGCGCGGAAGUCGAGAAGAAGCUCGAACAGGCCAACAGAGACGUCCACGAGAAGGUGGCCAAGGUGGAAGAGACUUUGCUGCGCCAUCUGCACGAUGUCAAGGCCCAGCUCGCCGCGGCCAUUAGCGCUCGCCCCUCUUCUCGCCCGUCGUCGCGUCCCUCAUCGCGUCCGUCCUCCACCCAUUCCUCGCCCUCAUCUUCGUUCAUUGCGCACCCUCGCUCGCAAGGCAGCAACUCCGCCGUACCCACCACGGCCCACCCUUCGUACCACCACCAUCACCCGCCGACCACCGCUGCCCAUUCUGCUGUCGCCGGCGGUCCGGCGCCGCAGUCCGGCGCCGGCCACAACCGUCCCCUGCCGCCAUCCGCCGGCGCCAGGGUCCCUCCAUCCACCGGCGGCCACCCGCACCAGACCCGCACGCUGCUGCGCCGGUCGGAGGGCCACAGGGCCGCCCGACUCCGCCCACCGCCGGGGGUCAUCCGGGACCUGCCGCUCGCGGACGUGGCGGCCCGCCGACCAGAGGCGGAGUCCCGCCGCCCGUGCGAGGCCGAGGGGAGCCCAUGCAGCGUCCACAGAUUCCUCCUGAAGCCGCAGCUGACGGCCCAGCCUGUGGGUCCGCGAAUGGUUCCGAUCGGCGGUACGGCACGAGCUGCCGUUUCGCGCCCGCCGCCCGGGCGUCCACGCGGCACCACUGCCGUGCCCGGCGGUGCCGUGGCCGCGAGCAACCUGCAUCCCCAGCAGCCACCCACCAGCCAGAACGCCUAA